ACCCGCAUCCUCAUCACCGAUUUCGUCUGGCCCUCCACGGGGCCGGAGCGGGAGGUGCUGGCUGCCGGCUUCGGCGACGGCGUUGAGGUGGUGGAGGCGCCGGACGGGUCGGAGGAGACGCUGGCGGCGCUCGCGGCGGACUGCGACGGCAUCAUGACGUGCUUCGCGCAGGUCACGCCGGCGGUGGUGCGGGCGGCGCAGCGGUGUCGCGUCAUCAGCCGGUACGGAGUGGGCGUGGACAACAUCGCCGUGGACGUGGCGACGGAACUGGGCAUCCCGGUGACCUACGUGCCCGACUACUGCGUGGAUGAGGUCAGCGACCACGUGAUGGCGCUGCUGCUGACCUGGAACCGGCAGGUCGGGUUCUAUGACGGCGUGGCCAAGGCGGGACGCUGGGAGGGCACGCCGUCGCCGCACCCGCUGACCCGCCUGCGUGGGCAGACCAUCGGCAUCCUCGGGUUCGGCCGCAUCGGUCGCGCGGUGGCGGACAAGGCCAGAGCCUUCGGGCUGGAUGUGGUAGUCUUCGAUCCCUACCGGCCGGCCGACGCGACGCUGCCCGACGGCGUGUCGGCCGCG